AUGCGCCUCCCCUACGCCCCUUCAGAGCCCGCAACCCCAGACCCCGAGACGGCCGAGAUCUACGCCCGCAUUGCCGCCCGCCGCCGCCCUCGACCCCUCAUCCCCCUUGAUCUCUCCCUGCUGCAUUCCCCCCCCGUCGCGGAUGGCUGGAACAGCUUUCUCGGCGCCAUUCGCACGAAGACUGUGGUUGACCAGGGUCUCCUCGAACUAGCUGUCUCCCGAGUUGCCGUGAUAACACAGGCUGUGUACGAGUGGAACGCGCAUGCCCCGUUGGCUUUGAAAGGGGGAAUCAAACAGGAGGAAUUAUAUGCCGUGCGGACGCUGCCAUCGACGGCGCAGGGAGAUAUUGAUGCGGCGGUCGAGGCUCUGAGGAAGAGUGCAUUGACCGCGCAGCAAAGGGCGAUUGUGAGAUAUGCGGAUGAAAUGACGCAGACGGUCAAGGUGCAGGAUGAGACUUUUGCGCAAUUGCAGAAGGAGGGAUUCUCAGAUCGUGAGAUCGUAGAGCUGACUACUGGCAUUGCAUGCUAUAAUUGCGUGAGUCGGGUGCUGGUUGCUUUGGAUGUGGGGGAGAACAAUGCGAAGGAGAUGAAGAGUGUUGAUGAGUUGGUUGAGGGUUUGAAAUGA